AUGAAGUUGGUGAUCCUCGUAUCAUUCUUGCUCUUUCUCCCAAUGUUUUCUUCUGGACUCGUUGAGAAUUCGCAUCUCGAGAACGCCCACAACGAGGUUGUGACGAAUGGAGGAAGGAUCGAUCUUGAGAUGGACUAUGAUAAACCGCAUUCAAGACCUCCCAAAUCAUCCGACCAGCCACCAAGAGCACCACCACGUCGUGCUUAUAGCAAAGACAAAACCAAACAAAAUUAA